AAGUUCCGAACAUGUGUGUGGCUGAGAUGUUUUGGUUGUUUUUAUGUUUUUGCCCUGGUUUCUAGCAAGACAGCAAGUUAUUUUCGCUAUCUGAGAGUUUCAGCGAAAUUUUGAGCCAUCAUAACAUUCGCAGUUGAAGAAGAGAAUAUUUUAAUGAACUAGUGGUCGGAGUUUGCGAGGAAAAUGGUGAAAAAACAGGCAAAAACUUCGCUGAAUGAGAGCGAGAUGAGUUUGCUCAAGCAAAAUUACGACCAACUUGUGGAGCGAAGCACUUGCUACAUUUGCAACAACAGAAUGAAAAAGGUUGCUUGCAUAGAAUGUGGCCAUACCUUCUGUCGCCCCUGCAUUACAAAGCACCUGGCCAAAACUCCGCAGUGUCCAAAGUGCUUGUCAAAUUGCUCCAAGGAAAAAGUGAUCAUCAACAAGUCCAUCACCUUGUUCUACGAACACCUGCAGAAUAUUCUCAUUCAGUGUGAACGCAACUUGCCAGCAGAAGCUAAAAGCAAAGUGCCUAUAGAGAAAAUGGCUUCAAUUACUCCAACACCGUCGACUUCAGCUCAGCGCACAACACGAAGGUCGAUGACUGCAGGGAAAACUGGUGACGGGGCUCCUCAAAUGUCCAACCCCUCAACAGGCUCUACAAACAUUUUUGAAUUGAUCAAGCCCUCGACUACGAGGAUGCCAACACAGUUUCCGAAUGAAUCAUCGGUGAUUUCUCAGUACAGCAUCAACCCUGACGAAAAGGUCCAAUUUUGGCUUGAACAAACAAAGUCUGGUGCCAUCCCCACCCAAGACAAAACAAUUGAAACUCCAAGCUCAAUUUCGACUCUCAUUUCUCCCACACAAGCGGACUUGAACGAAAUUGCCCGGUUUAAACCUCCGCCCACAAUUCCCAAAAAAGCUACAAGUGGGGAAACGACACAGGUUGAAGAAAGUCAGGCAGACUCGAUUUUGAUGGCGAGGAAUGUUAAGAAAAUCACAUUCGAAGCUAACAAGUCAAUCGAAUCAGAACCGACCAGAGAUGCUGAACUGUUUCAGUCGCAAUCUGAAGAAUUUCAGAGCAAAAAGGAAGAGAAACGGCUGAAGAAAAUCGACAGUCAAUCCUCAGAGAAACCAAAGUUCAAAGGAUUUGGCCUUCGGAAGAAGAAAAUCUUGCCUAUUAAGUAUGACAGUGAAGAAGAGAAGGAGCCUAGCCAACCCCCUGCAACCGUUGAACUGGCAGACUUUUUGGAUUCCGCAGAAAAGAGGAAGCCAUCUCGGCAGUACAACAACAAAAAGAAGCAGGCCAAAGACAUUGAAAAUGGUGCAGGGGAAUCCCCACAAGAGCAAAGUCUGCUGCAGUCAGAAGAAGUACUUGAGCCGGUGGGAAUCAUUGAAGAUUCGUCUCCCCAAGGCAGUCCGACCAAAAAGAAAACUCCGUCUCCGGGAUUUUCUCGGUACUCGAGGAUGAAGUCCGAGUUCAAGGAGAAAAGGAAAAUCGUCCCACUGAACAUAAGCACCACUUCUGGCCUCAACGCCGUCCAAACUGAAAAGUCCCAGAAGAAAUCCCCAGACAGAAAUGAAAUGAUCAUUGAGACGGCCAGUGAAAAAUCUGACCAGAAGACAGCGGAUGAGCAGAAGGAUGACACUCAGACUAGCACAAAUCUGAUUGAAAAUUCGCUUCCCCCCAUUAUAGAGAGACCUGUUGAGGUGCCCACGCUAACAACGCCAACUUUCAUCCGGCCCAGUGACAAAUCUGACCAGAAGACUGCGGAUGAGCAGAAGGAUGACACUCAGGCCAGCACCAAUCUGAUUGAAAAUUCGCUUCCCCCCAUUAUCAGUCUGCAGGCUCUAGAGAAACCUGUUGAGGUGCCCACGCCAACUUUCAUCCGUCCUGCUCCAGAACCAAUCAGUCUAGAUUCAAAAACUGGCAACAGGAAAAGGAAGACAUUUUCUCUCGAGUCCAACACAGGGGACAUUGUGGGAAAUAGUCUGACGAGUCAGAGACAGCAUGUCGUAGAAAUCCUACCCAUCAAAAAGAAAACAACUGCCAAGUCUCGACUUGUUUGCUUCCAUAGAUUUGGAAAAUUGAAAGGGCAUUCCACGAGAAAGUACGAAGUUAAUUUCUUCAAGCUUGGCUACUUGAACCCAUUAGUUGUAAGACAGAAAUUGAAAUUUGCACGUAAGCAAGUGUGUGAUGCAGCUGUUCAGACAAGCCCCCUGCACAUGUCUCAAGCUGAAACCUUUCCUGCUGAUGGAACUUUAAUAACAAAGGAAAAUCAGGGACAAUCUGUCCUUUGCCAAACCUCAUUUUCCCCCAUCAGACAAGUCUUGGAAAGCAGCACUCAAUCAAAUGAUCAAGGUUCGGGUGAACAGAAAUCACAGCUGUGUGAGGAAAUGGACGAGGAUAUAAUUGAAAAGAGCCAGGAGUCGGUGGUCCACACUUUCCUGAGGCCAGCUGCAGUCCAGGAGAGCUGCCAGAUCGACUCCAAUGAUAUCAUUCCUGCCAGCAUGCCGACACCUUCGCAACCACUGAAGCGCCAAAUGGACUCCAGCUCGCUCUCUUUGUCUCCUCCAACACCUGGGCAGAGCUUUGAAACUUUGAUGUCUUUGAACGAGUCCGAGUACGAGCUCCAGAACACUGAGGUUGGCAACGCAAAGCGCAGAAAGGUCAGACAAGCCAGGAAGAAAAGCAGCACUCCUAAAAAGGUCACGUGGAGUGACUUGGAGAAUACCCAAGAUGCAGCUGUCAUGAAUGUCGCAAUGGAAGACUUGAAGUACGCCAGAGAAAAGGCUACCGAGGCUGAUAAAACUAUUGAAUUGCCUUCUUCAAUAUCUUAUGAGACAGAGCUGAAAAUUGGUGGAGACAAGGCACUUAUGGAUAAAAGUGUAAACUCUGCUAAAAGUGAUUCUAAAACUGCCAAGAAACCCGUGCGAAACUUAUCAUUUGACAUGGACGUACAAUACAUAGAAUUGGAUAAUAAUGUUGCCAAAAAUUCACACACUGAAAAGACCGUAGUUGAAAGUGGCAAAAACUUAGUUUGCAAGGAGUCUGACGAUGAAGGUGAAGAAGUGGAUGCAAUCGAAGGCACUCCCAUUGUAAAAGUUGUUACUGCACCGAGGGAAGAAAAGGAAACUCCUCCACGUUCAGGGAUAUCUUUGAUUUUCACAAGCUUGGGAAGAAAUCAAAUAGCUGAGAUUCAAAAGUUCUGCAAAUCAUUCAAGAAUUGCUCAGUCAACACGGCAAUGAAUUCAUCUGUGACGCACCUUGUGGUGCCCCAUUCAGAAGACAUGAACACUCUCACUACACUGAAGUUUUAUCUUGCUGUGGCAAAAGGGCUGUGGGUCGUUUCCAUAAAUUGGAUUGUGGACUGCAUUUCCUCAGGCAAGAUCAUCCCAGAGGAGCCAUACGAGAUGAAAAACAUGCAUGGGUGUGACGGCCCUCGAAGGUCCAGACUCAGAAAAGGUGCAAUUUUUGCCGAAUUGGAGAUGUUUUGUUUGGACGGCACCUAUUCUGGCAUCACUAAAGAACAAGUCAAGGAAAUCAUUGUUUGUGCCGGUGGAUCACUCUUGCAAAACCUGCAAGCCCCGCAGACCAAGAAAUACAGGAUUGUCAUCAGUCCCAGUGAAAAUCUCUCAGACGAGCCAUUUGACGGAAGCUUUCUGGUGCUGAUGGUGGACUGGGUGCUCGAGUCUAUCGAAAACUGCAGACUGGCGAGCGCCUUCAAUUACCUGCCUUCGGGCAUUACUGUGACUCAAGUCUCGCAAUCACAAUUCCAACUUCCUGCAGACAUGCUUCGAUUUGAAUCAAGUGAUACUUUAAAUUAGAAAACUGCCGACAAAGAUCUUAUUGAAAUCUUGCACUUUUA